CUCAUCAUGGUGCAGAGAGUCGCAGUGAUCGGGGCCGGCCCCUCUGGUCUCACCAGCAUAAAGGCUUGUCUGGAUGAGGGCAUGGAGCCAACCUGCUUUGAAAGCAGCGAUGACAUGGGGGGGCUCUGGAAGUUCAAGACAUCAGUGAAGAAAGUCACGCCGAGGCCGGACUUUCCUCGCACCGGUCAGUGGGAGGUGGUGACAGAGAACAAAGAGAGAUUAGAGGAGAGGCAUGUGUUUGAUGCAGUUAUCUGCUGCUCGGGUCAUUACACCUACCCUAACCUGCCUCUCAAAGACUUCCCAGGAAUUGAGACAUUUGAGGGGAAGUACCUCCACAGCUGGGACUACAAGGGACCUGAGGACAUGUAUGGGAAGACAGUGGUGGUCAUCGGCAUCGGUAACUCAGGAGGGGACAUCGCUGUGGAGAGCAGCAGAGUUGCAGAGCAGGUGUAUCUGAGCACCCGUCGGGGCGCCUGGGUCAUCCGUCAGGUUUCAGAUAACGGCCUGCCGGUAGACAUGAAGUACAACACCAGGUUCGUCCACAUCCUGUUCCAGCUGCUGCCCAUCAAUUUCUUCAACUGGUUUGGGGAGAAUAAGCUGAACGCCAUGUAUGACCACACCAUGUACGCCCUUAAGCCCAGACACAGGCUUUUCAGUAAGAUCCCAGUGAUCAACGACGACCUGCCUCUAAAGAUUCUUUCAGGAUCUGUCGUCAUCAAACCAAAUGUGAAGGAAAUUUGUGGUUCCACUGUGAUUUUUCAAGAUGGCAGCACAGUGGAAAAGGUGGACACAUUGGUGUUUGCAACAGGGUACAACUACGACUUCCCCUACCUUCCAAAAAACCUUUUAUACAAGUCCGGCCACAGAGUGGGUCUGUACAAGCAUGUGUUCCCUCCAAACCUGGAGCAUCCUACUUUAGCUGUGGUGGGAUUCAUUCAUGCAUUAGGAGCCAUCAUGCCUCAAGCUGAAAUGCAAGCUCGCUGGGUGGCACGUGUCUUCAGAGGACUCAAGAAGCUUCCCUCCAACCAAUCCAUGAUCAAAGCUGUUGAGAAGGACACUAAGAAUAUUGAGAACAACUAUAUUGUGUCGAAGUUGACCCCUCUGCAGGUGGACUUUGUGUCCUAUAUGGACGACAUCGCCGGAGAGAUCGGAGCGAGGCCGAGUCUACUCUGGCUCUUCUUCACAGACUACCAGCUGUUCAAACAUGUUCUCUGGGGUCCUGUGUCCUCCUACCAGUACCGGCUGAUGGGACCGGGAAAAUGGGAGGGGGCCCGCAAAGCCAUCCUCACUCAGUUUGACCGCAUGUACAAGCCCCUAAAAACCAGAAAGCUGGAGGAGAAGGAAUCCUCAGUUACUGGCCGCCUGGUUAAGCUGAGCCUCUUGAUCCUGGGUGGAGGGGGCGCUGUAUACUACUUCCACACACAUAACCCAGAGACCAUACCCACCCUCCUGUCCAAACUCCGUCCACAGACAGUCUGA